GUUCGGCCCGAGUCCCAUCCUCCGUGUCCCGGCGCCACUGCCGUGGUCCGAGCUGUGUGGCAUUCCUUCGGGUCCCCGCUUCCCGCCUCCACCCACGCUGCUUUCCGCCCAUUCACUCAGAGGGCUUUUUGAAUGCCAACACUGGGCGCCCAGCUGGCAAGACAGUGAACCGUGCUGAGUGCCCUAGGUCUUGAUAGAGCUUUCGCUAAUGGGAUGAUUUGGUGAUGGAGUACUCCUCCUGACCGAUGGACUCAAAGAAGAAAAGCUCAACAGAGGCAGAAGGAUCCAAAGAAAGAGGCCUAGUCCAUGUCUGGCAGGCAGGAUCCUUUUCUCUGACACCAGAGAGGUUGCCAGGCUGGGGAGGAAAGACAGUUCUUCAGGCGGCACUUGGUGUGAGGCAUGGAGUUCUUCUGACUGAAGAUGGCGAGGUCUACAGCUUUGGGACCCUUCCCUGGAAAAGUGAAUCAGCAGAAAUUUGUCCAAGCAACCCCCUUCUAGAGAGUGCCCUAAUUGGGCAUCACGUUGUUACUGUGGCAGCAGGGAGUUUCCACAGUGGAGCAGUGACAGAAAGUGGGGCUGUGUACAUGUGGGGAGAGAACGCUGCCGGUCAGUGUGCAGUAGCUAACCAGCAAUACGUGCCAGAGCCGAGUCCUGUCAGCAUUUCUGACUCAGAGACCAGCCCUUUGUUAGCAGUUAGGAUUCUUCAGUUGGCAUGUGGCAAGGAACACACACUGGCAUUGUCACUCAGCCGAGAGAUCUGGGCAUGGGGCACCGGCUGUCAGCUGGGACUCAUCACCACCACCUUCCCAGUGACAAAGCCACAGAAGGUGGAACACCUUGCUGGACGAGUGGUGCUUCAGGUGGCCUGCGGUGCAUUCCACAGCCUUGCGCUUGUGCAGUGCCUCCCUCCCCAGGAACUGAAGCCAGUCCCAGAGAGAUGCAACCAGUGCAGCCAGCUGCUCAUCACUAUGACAGACAAAGAGGAUCACGUGAUAAUAUCAGACAGCCAUUGCUGCCCUUUAGGUGUGACACUGUCGGAAUCUCAAGCAGAAAAGCAUGCCAGCACUGCUACCAGCCCUCACCCAGAGACUCUGGAUGAGCAGGAAGAGGUAUUUGAGAACACAGUGGUAGAAGCUGAACUGAGCAUGGGAAGUGGUCAGCCCACAGGUGGCAGUGCCAUUUCCUCCCAGCAGAGCAUCGUGGGAACAGCUGAAGUGUCUUCUGCCAGAACAGCUCCCUCAUACCCAGACACCCAGGCGGUAACUGCAUACCUGCAGAAGCUAUCAGAGCAUUCGGUGAGAGAGAACCAUGAGCCUGGAGAAAAGCCACCCCAUGUCCAGCCUCUUGUAGAAGAAGCAGUUCCUGAUAUUCACAGUCCACCAACUACAAGCACCUCAGCCCUCAACAGCUUGGUGGUCUCCUGUGCAUCUGCUGUUGGUGUGAGAGUGGCUGCCACCUAUGAAGCUGGGGCCUUGUCCCUCAAGAAAGUUAUGAACUUUUAUAGCACCACCCCCUGCGAGGUGGGAACUCCGUCAGGCAGUGCCUCCCCAGGCCCAGAAAGUCUGAAAGAUCUCAGAGAAGAGCAGGUGAAACAGGAAUCACUGCAAGGGAAGAAAAGCUCAAGUCUCAUGGAUAUCAGAGAGGAAGAGUCAGAGGGAGGGAGCCGAAGACUCUCCCUCCCAGGAUUGUUGUCGCAAGUUUCCCCCAGGCUCUUAAGAAAGGCUGCAAGGGUGAAAACUCGAACAGUGGUUCUGACUCCCACAUACAGUGGAGAAGCAGAUGCCCUCCUGCCUUCCCUGAGAACAGAGGUGUGGACCUGGGGGAAAGGCAAGGAAGGGCAGCUGGGGCACGGUGACGUCCUGCCCAGGCUUCAGCCGUUGUGUGUCAAGUGUCUGGAUGGUAAAGAGGUGAUCCACCUGGAGGCAGGUGGCUCCCACUCUCUCGCACUCACUGCGAAAUCUCAGGUUUACUCAUGGGGCAGUAAUACGUUCGGUCAGCUCGGGCAUUCUGAGUUUCCAACAACAGUUCCUCGACUCUCAAAGGUUAGCAAUGAAAGUGGAGUCUGGAGUGUGGCUGCAGGCCAAGACUAUUCCUUGUUUUUAGUGGACACGGAAGACUUCCAGCCUGGGCUGUAUUACAGUGGCCGCCAGGACCGUGCUGAAGGUGACACCCUGCCAGAGAAUCCCAGUGGUACAAAGACUUCAGUACUUCUCUCCUGUAGUAAGCUUGGAUAUAUAAGCAGAGUCACAGCAGGAAAAGAUAGCUUUUUAGCUUUGGUGGACAAGAACAUCAUGGGAUACAUUGCCAGUCUCCAUGAGUUGGCUACUACGGAAAGACGGUUUUACUCAAAACUCAGCGAAAUCAAAUCACAGAUACUUAGACCUCUUCUCAGUUUAGAAAAUUUGGGCACCGUGACCACUGUCCAGCUGUUGCAGGAAGUCGCCAGCAGGUUCAGCAAGUUGUGUUACCUCAUUGGGCAGCAUGGAGCCUCACUGAACAGCUACCUGCAGGGCAUGAAGGAAGCCAGGAGCCUGGUCAUCAUGAAGCAUUCGAGUCUUUUCUUGGACAGUUACACAGAGUACUGUACAUCAGUUUCAAAUUUCCUGGUUAUGGGAGGAUUCCAGCUUCUUGCCAAGCCUGCCAUGCCCAUCACUGUUGUAGCAGGCAGACUUCAUAAUUGGACAUCUCCAGAGUAUCAAAAGCUGCAGGAUUCCAGUUCUUGUUAUGAGUCUCUUGCUCUCCAUCUCGGCAAGAAGAGGAAGGAAGCAGAAUACACACUGAGCUUCUGGAAGACCUUUCCUGGAAAAAUGACGGAUUCCUUGAGGAAGCCAGAGCGCCGGCUGCUCUGUGAGAGCAGUAACCGAGCCCUCUCCCUGCAGCAUGCUGGCAGGUUUUCUGUGAAUUGGUUCAUUCUCUUCAAUGACGCCCUGGUCCAUGCUCAGUUCUCUACACACCACGUGUUCCCUUUGGCUACCCUCUGGGCAGAGCCACUUUCUGAAGAAGCUGGUAGCGUGAAUGGCUUAAAGAUAACCACACCUGAAGAACAGUUCACGCUCAUUUCUUCAACACCCCAGGAAAAGACCAAGUGGCUUCGGGCUAUCAGCCAAGCUGUGGAUCAGGCUUUGAGGGGGACAUCCGAUUUCCCACUUUAUGGAGGUGGCAGCAGUGUUCAGAGACAGGAACCACCCAUCUCAAGAAGUGCCAAAUACACUUUCUACAAAGAUACCCGCCUAAAGGAUGCCACUUACGACGGGCGCUGGCUUUCAGGGAAGCCUCAUGGCAGGGGUGUUCUGAAGUGGCCCGAUGGAAAGAUGUAUUCUGGCAUGUUCAGGAAUGGCCUGGAAGAUGGAUACGGUGAAUACAGAAUCCCUAACAAGGCCCUGAACAAAGAAGACCAUUAUGUAGGCCAUUGGAAAGAGGGGAAAAUGUGUGGACAAGGAGUCUACAGCUAUGCCUCUGGUGAAGUGUUUGAAGGCUGCUUUCAAGAUAACAUGCGCCAUGGGCAUGGUCUUCUCCGGAGUGGGAAACUGACUUCUUCUUCUCCUAGCAUGUUCAUUGGCCAGUGGGUGAUGGAUAAGAAAGCAGGAUAUGGUGUCUUUGAUGAUAUCACCAGGGGAGAGAAGUACAUGGGAAUGUGGCAGGAUGAUGUAUGCCAAGGGCAUGGGGUGGUGGUCACCCAGUUUGGGUUAUACUACGAAGGCAACUUCCACCUUAACAAAAUGGCGGGAAAUGGGGUUUUGCUUUCUGAAGAUGAUACUAUCUAUGAAGGAGAAUUUUCCGAUGACUGGACGCUUAGUGGAAAGGGAACACUGACUAUGCCAAAUGGAGAUUAUAUUGAAGGUUAUUUUAGUGGAGAAUGGGGAUCUGGGAUAAAAAUCACUGGGACCUACUUCAAACCUAGCCUCUAUGAGAGUGACAAGGACAAGCCCAAAGCCUUCAGGAAGCUGGGAAGCCUGGCAGUGGCCGCAGACGAGAAAUGGAGAGCAGUGUUUGAUGAAUGUUGGCGCCAGCUGGGCUGUGAGAGCCCAGGUCACGGGGAAGUGUGGAAAGCAUGGGAUAAUAUUGCUGUGGCCUUGACCACCAGCCGUCGCCAGCACCGAGACAGUCCAGAAAUACUAAGCCGUUCACAGACUCAGACCCUGGAGAGUUUGGAGUACAUUCCCCAGCAUGUAGGCGCCUUCUCUGUGGAGAAAUAUGAUGACAUCAAGAAGUAUUUAAUAAAGGCCUGUGACACUCCUCUGCACCCACUGGGCAGGCUUGUGGAGACCCUGGUUGCAGUGUAUAGAAUGACUUAUGUGGGUGUAGGGGCCAACCGCCGGUUACUGCAGGAAGCUGUGAAGGAGAUUAAGUCUUAUCUCAAGAGGAUUUUCCAGCUUGUGAGGUUCUUGUUUCCUGAGCUUCCUGAAGAGGGCAGCACAAUCCCCCUCUCUGCUCCUCUGCCCACUGGAAGGAGAUCUUUCUGUACUGGGAAAUCGGAUUCCAGAUCCGGGUCACCAGAGCCAGGUUAUGUAGUAACAAGUUCUGGCUUACUGCUUCCGGUGCUGCUGCCUCGGCUCUACCCACCUCUCUUCAUGCUCUAUGCCCUGGAUAAUGACCGAGAGGAAGACAUUUAUUGGGAAUGUGUUCUUCGACUAAACAAGCAGCCAGAUAUUGCUCUCCUGGGCUUUCUUGGAGUACAGAGGAAAUUCUGGCCAGCAACCUUGUCAAUCCUCGGAGAGAGUAAAAAGGUGUUGCCAAGCACAAAGGAUGCUUGUUUUGCAUCUGCAGUAGAAUGUCUGCAGCAGAUCAGCACAACAUUUACUCCAUCAGACAAACUUAAGGUGAUCCAGCAGACCUUUGAAGAGAUCUCCCAGAGUGUCCUGUCCUCAUUACAGGAGGACUUCCUUUGGUCCAUGGAUGACUUGUUCCCUGUCUUCUUAUAUGUGGUGCUGCGGGCCAGGAUUCGGAAUUUAGGCUCUGAAGUUCACCUCAUUGAGGACCUGAUGGACCCCUAUCUCCAGCAUGGGGAGCAAGGCAUAAUGUUCACCACCUUGAAGGCAUGCUACUACCAGAUUCAGCGUGAGAAGCUUAACUAGGGUCCCUGACAGCUUGAGAACGGAUUAUCUACUGCGGAAGCCUCAGCACCAUCUGGAGUCUGAUGGUGGCAGAAAAGAACAGUGUUGAAGUUGGAGUGGACUUUUGUGUUAUUUUGUUUGUAAUUUCUGAGCCUUACUAAUAAUUAGAGCCCAGCGUGGAAAACAUACUGUAUCAUUUAAAUGAAGGCUGGAAGGGGAAUAGGGACAGAGUAGACAGUCUUUGGCUUGUGCUGAGAUCCACACACCUACUUAGAAAAGGAAAUUGGUUCCCCUUUCCUAUAGUGACAGCUCUCAGCUCCGUGGGGUAACAGGGGUCAUUUCCAGGAAAGCUGCUUAGGUGAACAGAAGUUGAUGACUGCUUUUAAGCUCCUGUUUGUCUAAAUCCAUUUGCAGUUCCCCCAGACCCUUUGGCAAGGAGCAGGUUUUACUUGAAACUGAAGCAACUAUACCUUGCCUUCCUAGACCUUUUCCAGGCAUAUGUGCAGCAUGCUACUUUGCUAGUGGGGAGGAAGAAGAAGAAGUUUUAAACUGUAGUCUUAACCUUUGUAUUUGUGGUCAGAUAGCUCCCGUGGGGGACAUCCUGGUCCCUACAUGGGGUGCAUCCAUAUAGGAUCUUCUGCCUGCUGACUGAAAAGAACACAGGAAUAAUACACUGGGAUGCAAACACUGACCGCUGAGCUGCUACAGACCUCACUGAUCCGAGGCAGACUGCAUUCCCAGCAGGCCCAUGAGCUGCUCAGCACAAGCUUCAUGUGGAGACUGAAGACUGGGAAGUGUGAGGAAGCAGGGCGCUGCAGUGGCCCUCAGCCCAGUGUGCGGGUCUUCCUCUGCCUCACACUGAACUCAGAAGGGAAGGAAGGAGAGACACACUUGGGAUUCUCCACCUCAAAAGUAUUGUGACACCACAAUAUAUCCACAGUUUGCGUUUUUACAAACAUCCUCUUGUGGGUUGUUGGUUUACGCUGUAGCAGUAACCCGUAGCUGUUUGGAUACCACAGGUGCUCUUCCUUCUCAUCUGCUGUACUCUAGGCGAGCACAGUGUCCUGACUCAUGUGAAAUGACUCAGCAGGCGGUAAUUACUUUUGAAAAGGAUCAUGAUUUCCGAGCUACUUUAUAAUCAAGACAAGUAUUUGUUAACAUACUGUUUUGGAAUGUUGGCUGUAAUGUCACAGCAAUUUUCAUAAUAAAUGACAUUCAUCUCUA